GUAUAAAUGUAUGUCUUAAAUCUUGAAUUUGAAAGAAAUCAGUACGCGUCUUCCAUUUAAUCAAGUGGUUGAUGUAAAGUGUUAUACAAGUGUUCAAGGAUUGUUAUUUUAUUAUUCGACAGUUUGAGUGAAUUCCACUUUGAUGUCUUCCUUCAAACAGCGGGUUCUAUUUAGCUUAGCGUUUGCGGCCUUUGCAUGUAUUUAUAGCGGUUUGGUAGCUGGCCAUGGCAUGAUGUUGGAUCCGCCGGGUCGUUCCUCCCGUUGGCGUUACAAUUCUACGGCGCCUACUAACUACGAUGAUAAUGGAUUGAACUGUGGUGGUAUGACGGUGCAAUGGCAAAAAAACAAUGGCAAAUGUGGACUCUGUGGUGAUAAUUAUGCCAUGCCCAUGCCGCGUCAAAACGAAAUAGGCGGCUAUUAUGGAGGUUUGGGUGUAAUAACAAAAGAAUAUAACAACUCCUACACGGCCAGGGUGGGUGUACGCAUCACCACCAAUCACUUGGGCUACUUCCGUUUUGAUCUUUGUAAUCUGAGCGAAUUUGGUGGUGAGUCGGAAAUCUGUUUCGCCAAGUAUCCACUACGUUUUGUAGAUGGCUCCAACCGUCUCUACAUUGGUAGUACAGCGGGUUGGAUUGUAGCAGACCUGGUUUUGCCCGAACAACUGAAUUGCAAGCAUUGUGUACUGCGUUGGACGUAUACUGGUGGCAAUAAUUGGGGCCCUUGUGGAAAUGGUACAAGCGCUUUGGGCUGUGGACCACAGGAAAAUUUCGUCAACUGUGCUGAUAUCAGUAUUGCAUAUCCAAUUAAUGGUCGUUCAAAAUUCUACCGUUCGAAUAUGCAUUCACGUAGCGAACAAGUCAACGAUGGGAUCCCAGAAUUCUAUAGGCAAUUAUGGCUCUAUAAAAUAAAGAAUAGAGAUAUGUAAAGCUAAAUAUGUAUAA